UGCUUCCAGCCUUUUUCGCGUCCUCGUUUCCAAGAUGACAAAGAAAAGAAGAAACAACGGUCGUGCCAAAAAGGGCCGUGGCCAUGUGCAGCCUAUUCGCUGCACGAACUGCGCCCGAUGCGUGCCUAAGGACAAGGCCAUAAAGAAGUUUGCCAUUCGGAACACAGUGGAGGCCGCAGCUGUCAGGGACAUAUCUGAAGCGAGUGUCUUCGAUGCCUAUGUGCUUCCCAAGCUGUAUGUGAAGCUACAUUCCUGUGUGAGUUGUGCCAUUCACAGCAAGGUAGUCAGGAAUCGUUCUCGGGAAGCCCGCAAGGACCGAACACCCCCACCCAGAUUUAGACCUGCGGGUGCUGCUCCAAGACCUCCACCAAAGCCUAUGUAAGGAGUUGAGUCCUUAAGGACUGAAGAAAAACUACCCGUUGGAAAAAAAUAAAAUGGAGAUUAUACUUAAAAAAAAAAAAAAAA